GAUGAACUCACGCACUACCUCCUCGGCUCCUCAACACGGUGUUGCGCAUCUCCGCCGUGUGUCGUCGGUCGUACACAUAUAUGGAUGCUCUUCUCAAUGCUACUCCGACCGAUGAUUCGCCAUGAGCCAUCCCCACUCGGAUCAUCGGAGUUGUCGCCGUUAUGGACCGCGAUGCUCAAUAGUGCAGUCGAGGGAUAUAUUACGGAUGGAGGGAAUGGAAUGGAUGGGAUGGGAUAGUGGUAUAUGGGGCUAUGGGCAGGCACAUAGCACCGCAACAAUGCAAACAUUUCUACAACCUUUUUCGAGCCCAUCUGACUCAUCAUAUCAUCCCGUGAUUUUACCCAUCCACUCACGCAAUGAAUUCCAAGCAAGAAACUCGAGUUGUGAUCAAAAUCUCAUGAUAUCCCAUUCUCUCGUCCGCGAACUCCAAGCUACGCACGGUAGCUACAGUGCGCAGGUAAGUAAAAAUAAGUACAGUAGGCACCGUUGCGACCCUUCUCAAAGCACCAAGGUAUUAAAAAGAAAACCGCCCCAAUCACCCAAAACUCCAGAUGCUCGCGUGUGUUCCUGUUGGCGGGACGCGCCAAGAAGCCAGUUUUAUGAGGAAAAACAGGAAGAGAAAGAGAUAGAAUUAGGAGAGGGGAAGAAGAGACGAAGGAGAGGAAAGGAGGUGGACGGAAGGGGAUAAGAGGAUCUCCCGGGACUAUAUGAUACACCUGCAUGCAGUCGAUACCACCGUCCAUACCCCAUCCAUCGAAUUUAUCCAUCCAUCGAAACUCCGUUCAUCCGUUCAUCCAUCCCAUCCACCCUCGCCAAGCCAAUUCAGUCCACGCGAUUGGUAGCCGACUCCCAAAAUCCAAAAGAGCAUGCAAGUGAGCAAACAAGUCCGCGAGGAAGCGAGCAAGAAAGCAGCCGUGCACCCAUGCACCGGAUAGAUAGAUACCGGGUGGCAGGUCGGAAAUCAGGAAUGGGAUAGGCGGGAUGACGGAAAAGGGAGGAACCCGCUAAGUAACGUAGGUCGUGGACCGCGAUGGACGGGAGGAG